AUGGACUCCGUGACGGACACCAGCCCAGUCCCGGGCACCGAGUCGGGACUCAUUGUCCUGACCUGCGCCAGCGGCAGGCAGUGCAGCCAGAUCAUCCCGCUGCUGUAUGAGGGACGGUCCUCCGCCUCAUCGUCACCAGACCCACACGCGAAACUCCGCCUGGUCGUCCACUCGGAGACGUCGCGCGCCCGGCUCGCCGAGCAGUAUCCCGCCGCCCAGGUCGUGCGUGCCGACCUCCAGGUGGCCCGGGAGUGCGCCGCGGUCGUGGCUGGCGCGGACACCGUCUUCUACGUCGGCCCGCCCUUCCACCCGUACGAGGUCACCAUGGGCAUGAACAUGGUCGACGCUGUCGUGGCCGAGUCUCGUCAUCGUCGUCGACGAUGGCAGAAGCAGCAGCAAAAGGAGCAGGAGGAGGAGGCGGAGCAGGAGGGGAAAAGAGAAGUGGACUUGUAUUUAGCGUCCGUCCACUUCAUCUUCAGCUCCGCCCUGCACCCGGAGGCCAGCAAGUUGCUGCACCACGACCAGAAGCGGCAGGUCGAGGAGUACCUGGGCGAGUCCGGAUUGGCGUACACGGUGCUGCAGCCGAGCAUCUUCAUGGACAACUUCCUCGGCCAGCUGCUGAGCCAGCAGCAGCAGAAGCAGAAGGACCCGGUAACCUUCACGGCGCCGUUCAACCCGGCCGUGCCCAUGUCCUUCACCGCGCUGCGCGACCACGCCGAGGUCGCCGUCAAGGUCGUGCGCGAGCGCGCGCGCCAUUUCUUCGCCACGUACCAGCUCGUGAGCACCCGACCGAUGACCACCGCGGCGUACGCCGACGCCGUCGUGGCCGUGCUGGGCCGGCGCGUCGACAUCAAGCGCCUUCCGCUGGAGCAGGCCGCCGAUGCGUUCGUCCGGAUGACCUGGGGCUCCCCCGCCGCCAGCGACGACGACGACGACGAUGUGGACCAGACGUACAGAGACGCCCCGGAGCGCAUGUUGCUCUACUACAACAGCCGGGGCUUGCUGGGCAACCCGGGCGUUUUGGAGUGGUUGUUGGGCAGGGAGCCCACCACGCCGGCGGAUCUGGCGAGGCUGAGGCUCCAAGAAGCCGGACACGCGGACUAG